AUGACCGCGACAACUCAAUCAACUCCAUUCGGCAAGCCGAUGCUGAAGCACUGGCUGUUCGAUCCUGCCUAUAAGAACCUGAACCAUGGGUCAUUUGGUGCCCAUCCGAUUCCGGUUAAGGACGCACAGCGUGCCUUCAUGGAUCUCGCCGAUGUGCGGCCAGAUCCAUACAUCCGCCGAUACCACGCGAAGUAUCUAGACGAAGCUCGUGAGGCUGUCGCGAAGCUCCUCAACGCUCGGCGUGAGGAGUGCGUGUUUGUUAAAAAUGCGACUACCGGCGUAGCGACGGUACUGUAUAACUUGGAUUUCCAACCGGGUGAGGCUCUUAUUUACUUUGAGCCCGUCUACGGUGCUGUUGAGAAGGGUGUUAUCUCGCUCCAAGAGCAUAGCUCUCUGCAGCCCCGGAAAGUAUCUUUCCAGUUCCCCAUCACCGAAGACGAGCUAGAACGCCGUUUCCGCGAGGUGAUUCGCCGAACUCGUGAAGAGGGACUGAAAGUCCGGGCCAGCGUCUUCGAUGCCAUCGUCAGCAAUCCGGGUGUGCGCUUCCCUUUUGAACGGAUUACUGCAAUCUGCCGUGAAGAGGGUAUUUUGAGCGUCAUCGAUGCUGCGCACGGCAUUGGAAAUAUCCAUCUCGAUAUGGAGAAGCUACAGCCUGACUUCCUGGUAUCAAAUUGUCACAAAUGGCUCUACACACCCCGCAGCUGUGCAGUCCUCUACGUUCCACGACGUAACCAGCAUCUUAUGCGCACCACCUUGCCAACAUCUUGGGGAUUUAUCCCAGCCCCGGCUUCUCCCGCGAUUAACGCCUCGGUGCUGCAGGACCCGAACGCUCCCGUGACAAAGACUGCCUUUGAGCAACUCUUCGAGUUCGUCGCCACCACUGAUGACUCCGCGUACAUUUGCGUCGCAGCAGCGUUGAAAUUCCGCGCUGAAGUCUGCGGAGGCGAGGAUGCUAUUAUUGCCUACACCCAACGUGUCGCAAAUGAAGGCGCAGACGCUGUUGCUGCCGCUCUCGGUACCGAUGUCUUGCAAGAACCUGAUCUGAAGCCUGGACAGGAGAGCCGUAUGCGCCAGUGUGCCAUGACUACAGUCCGGUUGCCUAUUGCUGUUGCUUCUGCCGGAAAUGAGGAAUCCUCCGACAAAACCGCUUUGGUUGUGUUGUCUGAGGAAGAAGCUCCUAAGGCAGCUGCUUGGAUCCAGACGCAGUUGACGGACGAACACAACACUUUCCUGCCAGUCUUCCACCAUGGCCCUUGGCUAUGGACUCGUCUGAGUGGCCAGACUUACUUGGAGACAAGUGAUUUUGAAUCUGUUGGGGUUGUCUUGCGUGAGCUUUCUGAACGGGUUGCGAAGAAGGAGUUCAAGGCUUGA